GUGAUACUACUCUUGAGUCUUGACUUUUGGCAGUUUUUCGAUGUCUUUGUAAUUUGUUUAUCUCAAAAUUGAAUUACUUAAAUUGCAGAAUUAAUUUUGCAUUGAAGUUCGCCUUCAGAUCAGGUGCGCUGAUGUGAACCUGUCAGUUUUCAAGCUCUCAAUUAUCAGCCAUGGAGAAGAGCGAAUUGGCGAACAGCUCUUUCUAUCUGCUGCUGAUGCCUGCUGCGAAUACGAUGGAACCCAACGUCGAUCCGCAUUUGCCACCACGUUCUGCAUCUCCCGCCGUCGGCGCUGCUGUUGACGCUCAGCAGGCUUCCAGCACGUCUGCAGCCAAAUACUCCGAGCCAGCAGCGACAGCAUCACUGGGUGUCGGCAGAAAACGGAAAAGAGGGCACCACUCUGUAAAUAACGAAAACAGCCCGUCGAACGGUGGCUGCGUGCACUGCCUGCGCGAUGUGCUGGAGGAGCCGUGUCCGUUGCAUUCGCAUUCUGUGCCCGACACCGAAGUCCUUCCCUUGGCGCUGGCCACGCUCCCUUCGUCGCUUUCCUUCCUUCGCGCGACGCCUGAUGCUUUACCUUGCGGUGUCCGCACACAGAGCAACCUUCCCGCGCGGACGGUCUUCGGGCCGAUGCGCGGCGUAAUGUGUCCGCACGCGAAGCGGCGACCGCCGUUUUUCGGCAUUCCUGACGGCUCGGCGCUGCACGGUAUGCAGUACUUCCACACGGAAUCUCUGAACGGCUGCAACUGGAUGCUCUUCGUCCAGCUGGCCUUCAACUCUGCCGAGCACAAUCUCACCGCGUACACUGUGGAUGGGCAAGUGUACUUUGCUACGACAAGGGACAUUAUGGCCGGAGAAGAGCUCAAGAUUCGGUAUUCCGCCAGUUACGCCAAAGCCAUGAGCGUCACCGGUUGUCUGCGGGAGAUCAGCAAUGUUCAGCCGGUUCGCCGUGAAACGGCCCGUGAUAGGAAUUUCACCAACACAGCACAACUGGAAUCGUAUUGUGAAGGUCUCGGAGGGAAGUCCGGUUUGCCGGAAUCGUUUCCGUUAGACAGUGAUAUCAUGAUGACAGACGGUUUUCCCUGUCUGCCAGUGGUACCGAGCAGUUGUACGCUGCAGGAAGAGGAAAGAGAGAACGACGACGCCGGCAAUAUGAGCACGGCAAACCAGCCGACAUUGGCUAGUGAUGCUGAGGAGGCCGUGAACGAUAGCGACGAAGAAGAACUGGAAAGGUCAUCUGUGGGUGGGGAUGCGUCACAAGCCAGUCCAGUGGCAGAGACGAGCGGUGAUAGCAUGCCGACGGCACUGCUGGAUGCUGGUGAAGGCGACGAAGCGGAUACUAACGCGGUGUCCCACACAGUGCGACGAAAAAAGCGUAAACGUCCGCCCCGCUUUCGUCCCGAAACCUGCAAUCCCGAAGCGGUGGCGCGCUUAGAGGCUAUAAUCCAGGUGAAUCCGUAUCAGUACGGUCCAGGGAAGCAGCGCCACGCCGCCCUGGACGCCGUCGUGGACCUGCUCAACGAAACAAGCGCGGGUAACACCCGUAGCUCUCUCAAAUCCUUCAUCCGCGACUGCUUACUCACGGCGCCAGAAGCGGUGGAGCAUUUCAGCGAUACUGCCGAACCGGAGAUGCAGCGCUAUUUGGUGCUUGUGAAGACCCUCACAGACUUGCGGAAAGGCAAAGUGAUGGACUGGAGGCGCGAGGGCGCUGUUGCCCAACUGGAAGCCGUUGUGAAAUUCAAUCCCUUCCAGUACGAUCUGCUCGCCCCGCGAAUGAAAGCCUUCGUGGCGGCGCUGCAGUCAUACACGACCAAGCCACUAUCCCCGGCUAAGCUCAAACACGAAGCACGGAAGUUAGAAAUCCGCGUCAAACGGCGUAUUGAUCACCUGCCGAAGCUAAUGAAACAGUACAAUCCGACCACCGCCCAGGAUUCCUUGAAGGAGUAUGUGACAGUGUUGGAGAAGCUAGUGGAACUGAGGAACAGCGGCGCGAAAACAGUCCGGCGUUCGGUCAAGGUGUCCAAUAAGGUCAGAUUGCGGACGAAGCCGGCGACGGAGGGGGUCUAUGCGUGCACGGGGUGUAUGUUUUCCUUCGAGUCGGCGGAGUUGUUGGCGUUGCACACGCGGGGCCAUGACGCUGCCGCUGUGGAGGAGGGCGGCGGCACCACGUGUCCGGGGUGUCAGGAGGAGUGCGGAUCGAUGACCGCGCUGAUCGCCCAUGUGGAAAAGCACCGGAAGGCCUACCGCCCGCGGCGGCAGUGCCCGCAUUGUGGGCUGUAUGUCAGUGUGAAUUUCUUUGACCGGCACGUCAGGACAACGCAUCCCGAGAAGUCAGAGGAUCCGACAGCGAAAUUUGCGUGUGGAACGUGUCAGAAAGAGUUUGUCACACAGAAGCAGUUGUGGAGUCAUGAAAUGCUGGUUGGUAGUAGGACAUCUGGACAUUGGUUUAUUCAUAAUCAGCGGAUUUCUCGGAUCUAGGAAAUGUCAAAAUUGAAAAGGCCAAAACAGAAGUCUGGAUGCCGCCCCCAAGUCCCAACCAUAACUGCCUUGGGUGGUGGCACUGUAGUCAAAGACAAAAAAAUUUGUUUUUACAUUCUAAGCUCCUUCCUAUUCAGCCAGAAUUUUGUUUUGAUCUUUUUUAAUUUUCGUAAGUCUUUUCUAGUUCCGAAAAAUCCGCUUGUUCUGGAUCUGCGAAUUAUUUGCGUUAAAUGAAAAAGGUUGAUGCGUAAGUAUGCGUAAGUUGAAAUUGCUAAUUUCCUCACGAACCCCAUGGACUAAUGUCAAAGAAAUGCAUCAAAGUUUUUCCUGCAUUGACAUGCAGCAGAAGUUAAAAGAGACGUGACCCGCUGCAUGGUGCCAUAUUCGGGAACAUAUACGAAAACUUUCAUUUUUGCGUGUUGUCAAACACUAUUUUCAAUCGUUUUAUUGCAUUUCUGUAGCCGAAUAAUUUGUAAACGUUGGUGUGAAAACCGUUUGUGCGCGCAGUAUCCUGUGGAGAAGUUAUGGUUAAAAUUAGAUUCCGAAAAGGUUAAACUUUCCUGAAUCCUGUUUUGCGUUGCAGCAACACCGCACCAAGCACUGCCUGUUCUGCGCCCAAGUGUUCCCCAACUAUAUCCAGCUGGGUGAGCACGUGGCGCAGCACCAGCUGCCGGAGGGUUUCCUCUGUCCGCACUGCCCCAAGACCUAUGACAGCUACA